AUCUCGGCUCAUCAUCUCGCCUCCGUACUCGAGUGACAGCCAUUGGCGUAGCGCCAUGGGGCAUGCUAAAACGAAGAAAUCGCUUCGUUGGAGCGGAUCUCACUGUUCAUUACGCUCCGAAUCAGUUCAACAAAUCACGACUUGCGGAGCUGAACGAUCGUCAUUCGUACUUCAUAUUUGCUGACAAUGGAACUGUUGGCCGAUACGGCUCCGAAAUAAUACUCAGAAAGCGUCUCGAAACAUAUCUUGCGCAGAAUAGUACCUGCUCUAUUCCUGUUGUUUGUGUGGUGCUGGAGGGAGGUGCAUUUACAAUCAAAAUUGUGCAUGAUUACAUCACAAGGCAAGUCAAAGAAUUAAUGGUUUUUGAUGUACCCUACCGUACCUACCUAGUCGUUUGUGAUGGAAGUGGACGUGCUGCUGAUCUGUUAGCUUUCACUCAUCACGCUAUAGGUGACGAUGGAAAGCUAUCAGAUUCUGUCCACACCCAACUUAUGUCUUUGGUGGAGAUGGUGUUUAAUUAUGAUGAGAAAAAUUCCGAGCGUACCGUGCGCCAUCUAGUUGAGUGUGCACGUGAACGAAAUCUGAUGACAGUGUUUCGACUCGGAGAGCAACGGCAAGACGUCGAUCAUGCGAUUUUGACUGCAUUGCUGAAAGGGCAAAAUCUGAGCAGUCCUGAACAGCUGCAACUGGCUCUGGCAUGGAAUCGAGCCGAUAUCGCGCGAUCCGAGAUCUUCACUUUGGGAACAGAAUGGGGUACGCAAGACCUGCACAACGCAAUGAUGGAAGCUUUAUGUCAUGAUCGCACGGAUUUCGUACAACUUCUGCUUGAAAAUGGAGUGUCAAUGCAUCGAUUUCUAACUUACGGUCGACUGGAGCAUCUGUACAAUACGGACAAAGGCCCUCCGCAUACGCUGCUCUCCAAAAUGGGAAUUGCAUCAAGGAGACACAGGGUGAAACUGACAGAUGUGAGUUCCUUACCUCUAACAUAUAUCGUACUAUUCGGUAUCAGGUUGGACAUACCAUGGAAGACCUCAUGGGCCACGCUUACAAAUCCAACUAUACUAAGGACGAUUUCAAAGCCAAAUACUUCGUUUUCUCAAAUAGACGACAUG